AUGCAGGAGAACAAGAGCAAAGAUGCGACGCUUUCUGGAGACGAGGACAAGGAUGUCCAUCAAUUUUUGGACGAGUUUGACGACAAGUGCACUUGUAAGCUUUUGAAGGAGAUGAAGGAAACUUUAGAGAAGAUAAAGAAGGACCAUCCAAACCCCGUAGACCUGGAUGAGUUCUAUAGGCUGUUUGAAAGAUAUCUCAGAACAAGAAACGAAAAGAUAGUAUGGGAGAGAAUCAGAUCACCAAAGGAUAAAAUUAUUCAGUAUAGUGAUAUACCCGAGCCGACGGAAAGAUCCAAAGAGUUAUUGAAGAAGUUAGCCAUACUAAAGCUUAAUGGAGGGCUUGGAACAACGAUGGGAUGUGUGGGGCCAAAGAGUGCCAUAACUGUCAAGGACGGCAAGAAUUUCAUAGACUUGAUUGUGAAACAAGUCAGGCAUUUGAAUUCUAAGUACAAUAUAGAUGUUCCAUUAAUAUUGAUGAAUUCAUUUAAUACCGAGAGUAUGACAGACAAAAUUAUAUUCAGAUAUGAUAGAAUCAGGAAGUUUUCCCAGAGCAAGUUCCCAAGAAUCUCAUCGGAAACAUUGCUUCCCGUAUCGCCUGAGCAUGGAGAUAAAGGAAUGUAUCCACCAGGACAUGGGGAUUUGUUUUACUCGUUGAAGAACAGUGGGAUGCUGGAGGAGCUUCUUUCGGAGGGAUACGAAUAUCUCUUUGUGUCUAACAUUGACAAUUUAGCAUCUACAGUAGACCUGAAGCUUCUGGAAUACUUUGCAACUAAUGGGCUAGGAUUUCUUAUGGAGGUUACUGAUAAAACACGUGCCGAUGUCAAAGGUGGAACUCUUAUAGAAUAUAAAGGGGGGCUAAGGCUUCUUGAAAUAGCCCAGGUUCCGUCAAGCAAGAAAUCUGAAUUUACAAGCUUCAAAAAAUUCACAAUAUUCAAUACAAACAAUAUUUGGAUAAAUCUAAAAGACAUGAAGAAAAAGUUAGAAGAGGGUUUCUUUGACUUAGAUAUUAUUGAGAACAAAAAGACAUUAGGUGAUGAAACAGUCAUUCAACUAGAAACAGCCAUAGGAUCUGCAAUCAAGUAUUUCCCUAACUCUUGUGGAGUUGUUGUCCCACGAUCUAGAUUCCUUCCAGUGAAGACCUGUUCCGAUCUAUUUCUUGUCGAAAGUAACCUAUUCAUUGAGAAGAAUGGGACGCUUCAGCUUCAUCCGUCCAGAGUUCCAAAGACAUGCCCAAUAAUCAAGCUUAUUGGGAAGAAUUUCUCAAAAAUAGAAAACUAUGAGAAAUGUUUCAAAGGAAUUCCGGACAUUCUCGAGCUGGAUAUCCUGACGGUUAGUGGCAACGUUAUAUUUGGGAAGAAUGUUGUUCUCAAAGGGACAGUUAUCAUACUAGCAGAUGAAAAAAGCAAGAUCUGCAUUCCUGAUAGAUCUGAACUAGAUGAUGAUAUCUUAUAUGGUCAUCUUCCUAUCUUAGACCAUUAA